GACCGUCCGUUGCAUCGAUAUCUCCCCAAGGACUUCGAUCUUCAAGCGAUGGUUCUGCACGGGUUUCCUCGAUGGCGGCAUCGGUGGAGAAGCCCCAGGAGGAGGUGCCGAAGACGCUAGUCGCUUCCCUGCCAGAGGCGGCUGCGCCGGAGAAACCCCAGGUGCAGCGGAAGGCCCCCCGACAGCGAGCUUCGCCAGCGCCGGCGUGGCUCUCCGCGGCGGCACAGCGUGCCCUGGCGGACAGCCUCGAGGUAUCCAGCCGUACCGAGUUGGCGACCAAGUUUCAGACACAUGCAUACAUCGCUUUCGAUUUCGAGGCACUAAAUCCCGGUCGGAUGCAGCCUAAUGCAUCUUAA